GAGUCACUCACACAUCCACGCAGAUCUUACACCAUUCAGUAUGGUCUACCAGAAUACCCAAGCCCGAAAAGUUGCCAUCAUCGUCCUGGCAAUGGCAACUCUGACGGUGCAUAUGGCAGAGGCUGUUCCCAAAAGGGUGGCGAACAGGAUGGUGCCCAGUUGGUGGUCUACUGUGAGGAACGUGUGCUGGUCGGCGGAAGACUGCAACAGCGACGAGUGCUGUGCAAGGCCCAUGCUGUCCGCCAAUGCCUACUGCAUGCCACUCAGAACACGAGGUCAAGUGUGUGACGCCUCCCCUCUCAUGCUCAGCAUUACCUCCGGGGUCUACUUCAGCGACUGCCCCUGCCACGAGAGUCUCACCUGCGCCGCCCUGAGUAAUAACUCGAAGUCCCAGUGUGUCGACCUCAGAAGCCUCGAGAUCGACUACAGGAGAUUAGCUGGUCUCCACAACCUCGUCGAUGGCGAUAACAACUGAGUUUUUUUCCCGUUUUUUUUGGGGGGGAGAAGAUGGGUGGAAGUUGGAGAGAGGGAGAUAAAGAGGGGAAAGAGGAGGAGGUAAAGUUAGGAGAUGAAGGAAGGUGAGAGUCGAGAGAGAAAAAAGGAUUUGAUAUACCUAUAUGUACGUACGUAAAUAUUAGGGUAUAAACACACGGAUACAAAUGUAGGGAAGAGAAGGAAAUACAGAUAUAAGAUAAAAAAGAAAAAGAAAAAGACAGACAAAGAGAGAGGUAAUACAGACCAAGAGAGAGAAAGAAAACCCAGAAAUUCUAUCAACUCCUCCCUUUACACACCUUAUCUCUUCAACC